AUGGCCUAUAACCAGAUAACAAAGAUUGAGCCUGGUGCAUUUGCAGAGUUACCCAAGCUCACGACGUUGGACCUGACCUUCAAUCAGAUAACAAUGAUUCAGGCAGUCAUCUUCACUGUCAACAGUGCCGGUGUCAACAGUGCCAGUGUCAACUGUGCCAGUGUCAACUGUGCCAGUGUCAACUGUGCCAGUGUCAACAGUGCCAGUGUUAACUUUGCCAGUGUCAACUUUGCCAGUGUCAACUGUGCCAGUGUCAACUGUACCAGCGUCAACUGUACCAGCGUCAACUGUGCCAGCGUCAACUGUGCCAGUGUCAACUGUGCCAGUGUCAACUUUGACAGUGUCAACUUUGCCAGUGUCAACUGUGCCAGCGUCAACUGUGCCAGUGUCAACUUUGCCAGUGUCAACUUCGCCAGUGUCAACUUUGCCAGUGUCAACUGUGCCAGUGUCAACUUUGCCAGUGUCAACUGUGCCAGCGUCAACAGUGCCAGUGUCGACUGUGCCAGUGUCGACUGUGCCAGUGUCAACUGUGCCAGCGUCAACUGUGCCAGCGUCAACUUUGCCAGUGUCAACUGUGCCAGUGUCAACUGUGCCAGUGUCAAUUGUGCCAGUGUCAACAUCUUCUUUAUAUGGCAGCACAGAAAUCAAUGUCGGCCCAACUGCGCGCCCUGA